CGCAACUUCAUUCCGUAUCGUAACGUUUGGUGUCGGUGUGUGUCGCUUAUCGAAGCGUUUCUGCGUGUACGCUAAAAAGUCGCGAAAGAAAAUCAACUUAUCGUGCGGAUAUCCAAUACGGAAAAGCUAAACGGUUCCGUUAACGGUGUGGAAGUGUGUGAAAGAGAGAGAGAGAGAGAGAGAGAGAGAGAGAGAGAGAGAAAGCGAGAAAAAGACAACGAAAAGUGUCAAACCGUUUGACAGUUGCUGGUGGCAAAACCCGGAGCUUAGUAGACUACUACUAGGGAAGAACCCUCACGGCGGUAUCAGAUGAAUUGCUAGGCAAAGUGGCGUCUCCCGUACACCGACAAUGGAACAUCAUGGUGGACUGUUUGCGGACAUUUCGAACAGUUUCCCGGGCGCCAGCGGCCUGCCGAGCACGAAUGUGAAGUACCACCUUCACAACCCUCCCCAGAUCCCACCGCAACCCCCUCCGCCCCCGGUGCCACCCUUAGGGUCCUCUAGGCAGUAUCAUCAGUACCAACACCAUCACCAUUCCCAGCAGCAACACCAACAGCAGCAGCACCAGCCGCUGAACGUCCACCUGCAGAAUUCGGCCCCAUCGCAACAGACCACGGCACAGUCGGUUGUGGUAGGUGGGUACGGACAACCGGCGCCCGGCAUCAUACAGCAGAGUCAUGUGAUACAGCAGUCCCAACAGCAACCACAACAACAACACCAUCAGCCUGAGCUCCAAACUUCAACAACAACCCAGCGGCAGCAUCACCUGGAAACGCUUCAUCAGCCGCUAGGUGCAGGUAACGGUGGAGCUGGUGGACUGUAUCCGGACAGUAGCGCUGCCGGUCUUUUCGACGGCGCCACCUCCAACGCAACCGCAUCACUCUGCAUCAGCAGCAACAGCUCCGGGAGUGGAAGUAACGGUAGCAACGCGGCUGCCGCUACCAGCAACAGCAGUUACAACUCGAGCAUUAGCAAUAGCUCGCGUAAGUUCGAAACCAACACCGGUGACAGCAUUACAUACAACAUCAACAACAUCAACACCAACAUUGUGAACAACAUCAGCAGCGGUCAGGGAGCACCCCCGGCCAUAGCGGCCAUUACGAACGGUGGUGGUGACUUUCUCGCUGGCGUUACGGCCGCAACACAGUACGGUGCGGGAAGCGGUUCGGCGAUUGCCGUGAACGGUGGUGGAACGGGAACAGCGGUUGGUGCGGGUGGUCUACAGCAAGGUGUCAGCAAUCCGACCAUCAUUAACAUUAGCAAUAACAAUCACAACAUUAUGGCCCCACCGUACCCGUACCAUGGUCCACCUCAGUAUCAGCCGAAGAUGAGUGGCAGCGGUAGUGCUGCGUACAAGGAGAUGAGCGGAAAGUACGGUGCAAUUGGUGGAACGGGCAGCGGAACAGGCGGUACGACAGGUGGCUGGGCAGAGUACGCAACACACCACAAUGAGGCAACGGUGAUCGGGAACUUCGAGGCGAAGAAUCCCAACAAGUACCAUCACACAGCGUCCGGUGCGACGACGGCUGGGUCGCGCAUGUCCGGUGGCCAGUAUCGGUAUGCCAAUGCGACUGAUUACGUAUCCCAGCCGGUACCGCCCGGUUCGACGGGACACUAUGUACCGUCACACACCGGUGGAGGUGGUGGCGCUGGUUAUGGCCUGUACCAUCCCGAUGGUGUACAGGCGACACCGAUUCAACAGUCACAGACCGCGGGUGCUCCGGGAGCACAUGCGGGUUACGAUGCCUAUCCGCACAUCGUGCGCAACAAGUACACCGGUUCGGGACCACCGCCGGGCAUGCAUCUGUCGAGUGGAUCCCGCGUCGCUCCCACGCAUGCCGAUCUUAUGUACAACGAACGAUCUCAACGAUACGUCAGUGGCUAUGGCACCGGCAACACCUACAUGCCCUCGAGUGCUGCUGGUGGUGCCGGCGGUGGAGGCAAUGCAGCGGUAACAAACAGUGCCGGACAUGCGGCAUACUACACCCAGAUGGGUCCAAGCAAGGGUAUGAUGAAUCCGGGCAUGGAAUACUAUGGUAAUACCUACACCACCAAACAGUUGUCCAGCUCGCAUCCACACCACACCCCUACCAAUCCUUACAUCCCACCGAAUCGGAUGGCUUACGCCAGUCAAACGAGCGCGGGUUAUCAUCCACACCCGUCCCAUCCUGCCCAUCAUCAUGUGCCACAUCCGCACCAUAAAAAUGCCGUCGGGGGCUAUGGGUAUACGAGCGCAAAUGGUUCCGUGUCGUCGUACGAAGAUCCUUACCAUCAGCGUUCCAUGGGGGGACGAGUUCCACUGCCCCAUCCAUACACUACCGAUCCGCACCAUCACCAGAGCGCACCAGGGUCAACGCCCUACGGUGCCACUAGUGCUGGUAGCUACCACCAUCAAGUGCAAGGUCCCAUGGGAUAUCCGAACCCGAAAUUGACAUUUAGCAAAAACAUGAACGAUUUCUACACACCGAAUGUGACGUCGAGUAACGUUGGCCAACAUUAUGCUGGUGCUCAUCCGGGGUCGAUGCAAUCGGCCGGUCUUGGACACACGGGACAUUACGGUAUGAAGUAUUCUUCACAACCAAUAGGACCACAGCAGAAACAUGCCGGUGGAGCAACGACGUUAGGACCAGGUGGUGUUCCCACGUCCUUAGGACAGCAGACUAGGAAAGCGUCCAGUUGCUUCUACGACACACCAAGCCCCGUAAUCGAUAUUAACCAUCCCCUGAUCGAUCUAGAAGAGCAGAUCAACAGUGUGAAGAUCCUCAAGGGUGGCCCCUCAACGAUGGGUGCUGUACCGGGAUCGAUGUACGAUACGAACCAUGCGCUCAAUUACGACUGUCAGCAGAUGUAUCUCAAGAACCGGUACAUGCAUUCCAAACCGGUACCGUCGGUUCCGCACAGCAACACCAAUCCCAUCGGAUAUGGAGGUGCCCAACCGAUCUCCGCCGGUGAACAUUCUCACCAACGCCAUCAACUUCAUCACCACCCACAUCCAGAAGCUGUUGGGGCUUAUGGUGGCUAUGCCACAAUGGAAGAUCUCGGACUGGGACCGCGCAGCUUCGCAUUGGAUGAAAAUCUCAAGGAUAAGAGCUUGCGCGAUUACCUCACGAGCUGGAGCGAGAUGGAAGAGGAAGACUCUUCUGGCGCGAAAGCAUCCAAGGAGGCCAACAACAACUUGGUUGCACAUCAGAACUACGAGUCGUGCAAGUACAUGGGUCAACUUCAACCGUCACUGGACACAACGCCGACAGCGACGGAGGAAGUACCAGUGACACCGCAGCCGGUAGUUACCGAGAACGCACCAGUAAAAGGUAGUCCUGCGCUAACACCGGAAGCUAUAACAACACAUUCUUCGCCUUCACCACCAUUAGCUGCACCUGCUUCGGCAGCGGCACCGGUAACCGGUCACACUGGGGUAAUAGUGGCGAAUGUACAAAGCAACGGUAACCUUCCCGAUAUUCUGGUAGACAUUGAGAAGCCACCGAAAGCGGAAGAAACCGGUAAAGAUGGUGAAAAGUUGUACAUCCUCGAGACGUACGAUGUGCCGCAGAGCGAGCUUAACAAGUACAAGCAUCUGAGCGUUAUCAACGAGUUGCCGAAGAAUGUCGUUCCUAUCAACGAUAGUGCCGAUUCGCUCAAGUUCCUCGAAGAGAUCGAAUCCAACCGUGAGAAGUACUACCAAACGGAGCUCGAGUCGGAGGUGGUGUAUGAGGAGAAGGAAAAGGAGAAAGAAAAAGAACAGGAAGUGAUGGAAGAGGGCAAAGCCGUGGUAGAUGAGGAAAACGCUGUGACUGAGCAAACAUCAGUCAUUCAGCAGCCAAAGCACGAGAACGAUGUGCAGCGAACGGAAAAAGUUCACACCGGUGACGAUCUUCGGAGUGAAGAUGAUGAGCAGAAGGAAGAACAGUGCGAAAGAUCACCCGAUUGUAAACCUGAAGAUUUGUCCCAACCCAAGGAUAACAAGGAGGUAAAACAAGAUCUCGAAACGUUGGACCAUAAGGAAGAUAUCAGCCAUGACGUUCGAAAUGUUUCGGACGCAACUGAGGUUAAGUGUGAGGCUAUUGCAAAAGACUCGUCAUCCGCUGAAGAGGAGGCAUCCUUUAAGGUGCCUCGCUGUUUCCCAAAGUACCGGAAACGGCGCUUCUACGACUAUGAUAUGCCCCGGUUUCCGAAGAAGGCGCGUCGCUCCAGCAUAGAAGAGUUUAUCAAUUGUGAUAUACCGAAAUUCAAAGUACAAACUAUCAAACGUAGCCCGAAAAGUCUGCUAAGUUUGCUGGUGGACACGCUCAACUCGAAACCGUUCCGUCGUUGGGCCAAGCAGGAUCUUGCCAAACGGCAAGCGUUAGUGCAACAAAGUGAGCGUGGGGAUGUGAUGGAGGAAAUGACCCAUACGAUUGAAGAAUCAAUAGUGGAGGAACAUGUUGAGUUGGAAACGAUGGCCAUACCGUCCGAACAGGAGGAAACGGAAAGACAAACAGUGCUGAUGGUGUCUUCCGUUCCUUCUUUGAGGGAUUUAUGUUACGAGCGAAUAGAAUCGUUGGAGCUUUUCCGCCAGCCAGCUACACUAAAGGAGCUAUGUGAGCGGGUUAUCCGGGAGAGCAAACAUCUUUACAUCAUAGAGGAAAUGAAGAGCGAACCGCCCAGAUUGCAAGAUCUCUGCAAAGCCGUCCUCAGUGAGGCGAAUAUCUUCAUCGACGUUACCACGAACGAGGUGUGCAUCAUUGAUGAUGAUGGCGAAGAUGAGGGCUGCGAGAUGGUUCCUUCCGAUUCGACCACAUCGAACGCCGGUCGUGUAUAUAUCGUCGAGGAGGAUCGUGGCUCAAUAGCGGAUCUCCUGUGUGAAAACAUUCAGCUACAGAAGGAAGAUCUCGUCGUCGUCCGGCAAGACAUUGGUGAAGGGUGUGAAGAUCAUGAGAUCUUUAUGGCUGAUUUCGCUGCACAGUCAGAACCAAUACUGGCGGCAGAAAGCGAAAGUGACAUCUUUAGCCGGGUAGAGCAAGAGAUCGAAAAGAUGAUGCACACAAGUUCGUCGGAGGACGAAGCAGAGGUUCCGGUGAAGGAUUCGGAGCUGUUUGCGUUUGCGGAAGAUGUGGAGUGUGUACAAUAUGAAGAAGUUAUACCGGUGCACGUGGAAGAGCAAAGCCUGAAGGAGGGUGUGUUGAAGGCACUUCGGGCAAAGUACGCGUCGCGAGGUGUGGGCCAGAGGAGACUUCAUCAGCGAUUGGUGCGCAAGUAUGUCGUCUAUCAACGAUACAUAGAGACCCGAGCUGGGGUGCUACCGCGUAGUUCCGUUCGAUGGAGAAAGAUAGUGAACACUAGGAAUACAUUCAACGAAGCGGAAUUGAUGAAACCGGUGCAGCACGAUGAGGAAAGCAACUGCUCGAAUAGUUCGAGCAGUUCCGGUAGCAGCAGCAGUCGUUCGUCAAGUUCAUCUCGUAGCAGUCACUCGUCGCGCUCUUCGUCGUCUAGCUCGUCGUCGUCGUCUAGCAGCAGUAGUAGCAGUAGCAGCAGCAGCAGCAGCAGCGAUAUGGAAGACGAAGAGGAAACGGUCAAACUUGUGGCAGCGGUGGAAUUUACACCUGAGGAGCUUUCGUGUGCCAGUAUAACGCUGGGCGAGGCAAACAAUAAUACUAUCGAGCUCGCAAAUUCGGCCAUGCCCCGAGUGCAGCAGAAGGAAAUGGUUUCACAGCCCACGAUGAAGGACGAUGAAUCUCAACCCGAUCAUGUGAAGGCUGAUUCUGAAAUCGGUAAUAGCCCGGUCCGGUGUGAUGACAAUAGUGUGAGUAGCUGUAGCAGUAGUAGUAACGGAAAAGGUAGUCCUGGAAGUCAAAACACCCGAGCCAGCAGUCCAUACACUAGCAGUAGUAGUGGUAAAAGCAACAGUAGAAGUCCCACCAGUUUCAUCGAACAACGUAACGCUGCAAAAGUCACUUACACCACCGAGCGACCUCGCUCGGUAAUUGUUUCACCACCAAUUGCCAAAAAGAAGAAGAAGCUUUCGUUCGAAGAAAGUUUGCUCAACAUCGAUCAAAUGUACCGGAAACCGGCAAGUCCUGCCCCAGCGGCUACGAUACCUUCGCCAAUACCACGUUCGGCCACAAGUCCCCAAUCUGCCGCAACUCGUCCGAAUGUGAUCGUAAACGUGAACAAUAAGCGUGAAGUUCCACGCAAGCUCAUCAUACCGUCGUACAAGAUCUUCGAUCAGACGGCGGACGAAUCACGACCGGCUGUCAACGGACAUCACCGGAAGGGAUCGAUAGAUGCCGACGCUCCGACAUUACUCGAGCUGAGCGGUGAAUUUAGCAAGCAAAUCCAAAAGCGUAGAACGUCCAUCAGUAUCGCACCGGCGUACGGGCGCUCCAUCUCCACGUCCGAGGGCGAUCGACGAACACGCGGCCUGGAGCGUCGGAAAGCCGCUCUAGUUAGGCGUCGGAGCUGCUGUUGCUCACCGCUGCGAUCACCCCCGAGCUCACCGCUAGUGUUACCCGUGUGCAUCAAGUCUUCGCCGGUGAUGGUUCAGCUUAAUGCACCGGUGCCAUACGUGCGCCUGGAGCGAAACGAUUACGUGGAAAAGCUGGCGGAGAACUAUCGUCGACAGGCACAGCAACACCCAAGGUCGUCAUAGGUUCGUGCCAGCCAAAAUAGCCAAACAGCAGACGGAGGUUAAACAGAGGAUACAUCCGUGGCUGGGCCUUUUUAAAACCAUUCUCAGUGUUUGAACCGGGGGAAAAAUUGUGCAAAACUGCUCCUUAUUUAAUCGACAGUCGAUUAUGUUUCGGGUACGAGUGUUCUAGCGCUGCACUAAUUGAAUUUACACUCACACAAGGUAAAACUGUUGAGCUCAUGUUUAGUGAGUACAUCGAUUGUACAAUUUUAAUUGCAUUCCCAAGCUUUAGAAGCAUUCCUUGCUGCGGCAAAAUGGUAGGCUAGUACUAUUCACCUUAAUGCAUUCUUUCGUUGAGGAUAUAGCUUCUACGAGUUUAUAUACGCGAGUCCACAUAUAAGUCACAAAUAAUGCACCCCAAAUAAUGCGCUUUAGUUGCAAGUCAAGUCUAUUGCUACCAACCGGCACAGAUAACUUAAAAGUAUGUUUUUACGCUCUUCUGCUGAAAAAAGAAUUUUUCAUUGCAAGCACGUACUUAAAAAACAAUGCCCACAAAGAAGCGGGGCGAUACGAUAAAUGUUUAGUUUCUGCUAUUUGUUGCUAUGAAACAAUUUAGCUUUUAUUAAUAUUACAUUUUGGUUGUUAUAAAAUCGUAAAAUCACAACGAGUGUAGUUUUAUUCGCACAACUGCAAAAUCAUGAUUUGCUAUUGUUAUGGCUAGCUAAAACGUUUGCUAUAAACGGGCGUGAAAAAGUUUUUAUAGCACGCUGGGGUUGAGGUAUUAUGACGAAGCUUUUAUCAAAAGCUGCGGCACUAAAGCUAUAGUGUUUUGCGGUAUGCACCAAAUGCAAUGCAGUAACUUUAAAAAAUAUACUUUUUUCUACUUCUGAGAUGACUGCAGUUUCUAAGUUUUCCAAAAGAAUAUGGAUAAAAUUAAGCAUUGUAAAAAUUGCCAAUUUUUGAGUCAUCAACUAUGGACCAGCACAGAUCAUUUGCAAAAAAAACAUGAAAAGCUGGUAAAACAAAUUAAUUAGUAAAUUUGACAGAAUCGUUAACCGUUUUAGUAUUUUGCCGACUAAACCUUUCUCGACUAAACCUUUCUAAAGAACUUGAAUUUGCUUUAAAUAGAUGGACAAUUUUCUGUAUUUUUGUUACAUGAACGUAUUAACUGUUUGUUCCGUGGUUGCUUGCUCUAUUGCAUAAGGUUUAAAUGGGUGGAUACAAAUACGUUAGAAUAAUUGUCGUUUGUUCAAUGGUAAAUCAUUAAUUGCUGGUUAUCAUUAUCAUCAAAACGUUUUUUACACGAACGCUACGAAUGAUGCGAUUUAAUACUAUCACUCAUCUAGUCAAGUGUUGUUGUUGCAUUCAUGUUUGGAUGGUUUGGGGUUAUUUUAAGCGGUACGAGUAAAAGAAAAACAUGGAAGGAAGAAUUUUCGUCCCUUUUAGUGAUCCCUAUAGGUAGUGGAUAAGUUUUACGACAAACAACAAACGACAAAAAAGUAACCACCUCUGUGUACCCACCUUUUCUUUUUCUAGGCACAGCGUGUAAAACACUAGGUGUAAAUGAUAUAUUGUGUUUGCGUGGGGCGUUGUGUGUGCGUGUUUAGUAUAUAUUCCUGAAAGAGUAGCGUUUUUAAUUGUAUGAUUUCCAAAACAAAACAGACCCCGCACUAGUAGCUGUUUACACACGUAAGGCUUUGUGGUAUAGCAUUAUCAGUUUUUUGCUUGUUUGUUAGGUAGAGAUAAUUAUGUUUCUGUUUUAAAAACAAAAGCAUAAACAAUAAAAAAGCAGACAACGCCAGCAAAAGAUUUCACACUAACUAAGUGAAAAGAAACCAACCAUAGAAUGUUGGCAAGUAAAAAUAAAGAAUAGAUAAGCAUUUGAAUACAACGCAAAAUGGAACCAAAAUGGAGUAGGUAAAAGAUGUAAAACGAAAGCAAAACAAACCGUAUAAUGUAUUGAAGAAGAAAAAAUCACAAAUAAUUCAGUGCCUUCAGGUGACAGAAUACAAAAGUGGCAGCCAAAGGACAUAUAAUAACAUAUAACAAAUAAAACAAUACACAUUAUACCUAGUAACGCAUAAAAGACAAACAAUACAUACCAAAAAUCAACAAAAACAAAAAAACAAACACACAGAGAUAAUCAAGAAUAGUGAGUAGCACAUCUAGAAGAGUAGAGUAUAUUAUUGAACUAUUGAAUGCAUAUAAUUAAACUGACACGCCCGCAAAAUGGCAGUGUAUAGAGUGUAGCAAAUGUUUUACGGUCACUCACGCACAUAUUGAAGUGUGUGUAGCGAAGCGAGCGAAGAAGUACGAUUUACAACCGCAUUUGAUAAAGGACGAUUUAAAGAAGGUGGAAAUAAGAAAAACUUUAAAACAACAUUACUUUAGGCAUAUUAUUGUGUGAAGCUUUAUCGCGCUAGAAUGUAACUGAGUAUUUAAAAAAACAAUGGAUCUUUACAAUACGAUGAAAACAAACUACGCAAAGCCCAAUAAACAUUCCUCUACACACCAUACCAUUCCUUUCUCUCAGCAUCCUUUUGUCUCUAUCCCACCUGGCGCGUAACGAGUAAUUAAGCUAAACGGUGUUAUUGUACGAAACACUUGCGUUGCUAUUGUUUCUUCUCGCAAUAUUGCGAACAGCGUGAAUGUGUGUGUGUCGGUGUAAAUUAUGUUUGCGUUUGGAACCGAAAUAAAAUGAGUUUAGUUGUUUUUGAUUGUUAAUUGAAAACUGGAAA